UCAGUCAAAGUUUGAGGGCCAAAAUGUUAAUUCGCCUGAGAUCUGGACAUUUAAAUAUUAUUUAAUCCACACUCCUGGCUCUCAGUUCUCUCUCUAAAUUUCUAUCUGAAAGGCGAUUGAAGAGAAGACAAAUUUUGGAAUCCGUUGAAUUGAAUUUCUUGUGAGGGAAAUGGCGAAAGUUUACGCAUAUGAUGAAGUUUCGAAGCACAGAGCUAUCAAGGAUUGCUGGCUUGUAAUCGAUGGAAAGGUAUAUGAUGUAUCCCCAUUCAUGGACGAUCAUCCCGGAGGUGAUGAAGUUUUGCUAUCAUCAAGUGGAAAAGAUGCAACUGCCGACUUCGAAGAUAUCGGUCACAGUGAUUCCGCUAAAGAGAUGAUGGACAAAUAUUUGAUUGGGACGAUAGACAUGUCGACAGUUCCCAGCAAACGCACUUUCAUUCCUCCACCACAAGUCGCAUCCAAUGCAAACAAGGGUUCAGAUUUCAUGAUCAAGAUUUUGCAGUUCAUUGUCCCUCUCCUGAUCUUAGGGUUGGCAUUUGCCAUCCGGAGCUACACCAAGGAGAAAUAAUUGGAAAGGAAGUCGAUGACUUAAUUGUCGUUAUUUUCUUUAAUUUAUGCUGUUGAAUGAAAAUAAUAUUCCUUUGCAGUCUGGUAUGGAACUCUGUCUCCUGAAUUUAAAAGAGCCAUUGUUGUUGUCCAUCUAAUGUGUUGUGAAAUCAAAAAUGUUGCCUUAUAUGUGUUGUACUAUUUUUGUAA